AAAAAGAGAACGAAAUGAAACAGAAUUUAAAAGUCAAGAAGAGAGACAGUGGUAUAAGCGGAUAGCGAUCUCUCUUUUUCUUUCUCUCUUUCUGUUCUUUUUUGCCCUUUGAUAAUAAUCAGAGAGAAGGAAGAGAGAGAGAGAGACAGAUAAAUAACUAAAUAAAAAUAAUAAUAAUAAUUAAGAAAAGACGAAAUUGACCUGAGUCUCUUCUCCUUCUCUCUGCCGCUUUCUCCUUUUUUCCCAUUUCCGAUUGUGUUGUACGGUCGGCCGCCAUGAACGAGAAGGCUAACGUUUCUAAAGAGCUUAAUGCCAAACACAGAAAGAUCUUGGAAGGACUUCUUAAAUUGCCCGAGAAUAGGGAAUGUGCUGACUGCAAAUCCAAAGGUCCAAGAUGGGCAAGUGUAAAUUUAGGUAUCUUUAUAUGCAUGCAAUGUUCAGGAAUCCAUAGAAGUCUUGGGGUGCACAUAUCGAAGGUUCGAUCUGCAACCCUUGACACAUGGCUUCCAGAACAAGUUGCAUUUAUUCAGUCAAUGGGAAAUGACAAGGCAAAUAGUUAUUGGGAAGCAGAGUUACCCCCCAACUAUGAUAGAGUUGGAAUAGAGAAUUUUAUUCGUGCAAAGUAUGAAGAGAAGAGAUGGGUCCCCAAAGAUGGAAAACCACAAUCUCCUCCUCAAGGGCGUGAUGAAAGGCCUUACAUGUCUGGGCAGAGAUCCAAUGAAAGAAGUGGGCCUCAGUAUACGAGCAGUUCGGAAAAUGUGUCUGAUGACAGGAAGAAUCCUCAACCACCAAGUUCAAAAGUUAGUUUUCCUACCACAAGAGUUAGUCUUCCCAUUCCUCCCAAGGGACCUGAGGAGGUCACCCCUCCUUCAAAGCCCCAAAAUGUUAUUCAGAAAACUGAACCAAGAGUGAACCCAGGUGAAGCAACAAAGAAUGCUGCAACUGCUGCUCCAGCUCCUCCACCUAAAGUUAAUUUUGCUACUGACUUUUUUGAUAUGCUAUCAAUGGAUGGCCCUAGUGAAAAUGGCUCGGAGGCAGCUUCAAAUGAUGAGAAUGGAUGGGCAGGGUUUCAAUCUGCAGUUGCCGAAGAAACAUCAGCAACAGAUAAAAACGCUGGAACUAAAGCAGUUGAGACCAACACCAACUCCACUCCUGGAAUUGAGGAUCUAUUUAAAGAUUCAGUUUCUUUAACACCUUCAGUACCAGAGAAACCCCAGAAAGAUGUAAAAAAUGAUAUUAUGAGCCUUUUUGAGAAGACCAACAUGGUAUCUCCAUUUGCCAUGCAUCAACAACAACUUGCAAUGCUGGCACAGCAACAAUCCCUUCUCAUGGCUGCUGCAGCCAAAUCAGGUGUCAUGGACCCAAAAUUUCCUGGUGGUAUUCAACAGGCUGGGUCCAAUGGCAUCAACUUGCCUGCUCAAAAUUGGCCGAACCUUGGCUAUCAAAUUCCUGGAUUGGUCAUGCCAGUAGCUGGCGGGCAAGGUGACCCAAGGAAACUUAUACAGACUGGUAAUACAGGACUCUCAAAUCCGGUGGCAAGCUCUGUACCAUAUCCAACAUCUAGCUUUUACACCAUGGGGCAGGUGGCCCCUGUUAAUGGUGUGGCAACUGCAGGAAUGAGUAAGCCUCAAUCCACAGCUCCAGUUUCAUCAGGUACUUCAUCACAAUCUGCAAAGGAUUAUGAUUUCUCCGCCUUAACACAAGGCUUUUUCUCGAAGCAUUGAGUUUCCCGGGGGUGGAAAUGUUGGAUCUUUCAUACCAAUACGAAAAUUAGUUGUAUUACAAGGAAAAAUAGCUCCUGAAGAUUUUUCUUGUGUUUGGCGAUUGUAAACUAUUUGUAGAGGCAGUUUCAGUUUUUCUCAUAUUUGGUUGAUGGUUCAUUUGUAUUUGAGUAGAUGUGUAUUCGAAGCAAUAAGAAUGGGUUUAGAAUUCUCCACUUAUUUUUACCUUUUCCGUUUGCUGAUUCUGAACCGAACAAAAAUAUUCCUAUAAAUAUGAAUAUACGAAUAUGUAUCUUGAAAAUGUA